GUAGCCUUGAUAUUGUAAACAAUACGAGGAGUGCCCGAUCACUUCAGAGAGAUUUUCCUUCAGUACAAAUGCUAUUUUCAUAAGUGGAAUACGGACUUUGGAAAUGGCGAAGACGCCGAUUUCGCCGUUUGGGUGGGAAUACAUCAACGAUCUCAGUGCUAUUUCCGAAGAUAUUGAUUCAAUUGAGUACUUGCUCCAUCGCCUGGAACGUGGUCAGAUUUACACGUGGGUGGGUCCUCUCUUGCUGGCAGUGAAUCCUGGUAUUGAGAUUCUAUCAGAUCUGUACGAUGAGUCCCACCACAAUCAAUACUCCAAGGACAUGGGCAUGGUCCUCCUGAAUGCCCCACCUCACCUGUACGCAAUAGCAAAUCGAGCUCGUUACAGACUAGUCCAGGGCCUGGGGAAUAAAUCCCAGGUGAUAGUGAUAAGUGGAGAAAGUGGAACAGGAAAGACCUUCAGCUCCCGCAAAAUACUGGAUUUUCUGGCAGGUAUCGACAGGAACACAGGAAAGCUCAAGUUUUCAGAUGGUGUCGAGAACAUUGCACAUGAGAUUGGUAACGUCUGUCCACUGGUAUCAGCAUUCAGUACAGGAAGUACCAAGAGAAAUCCAAGUAGUUCAAGACAUGGACAACUCGUCCAGCUGCAGUACAAUGGUGGAGCAAUCACAGGUGCUUGCAUCCACUCAUUUCUCCUGGAGAGGACGAGAGUAACACAGGGCUACGACAACUUUGAAAUUUUUUAUCAGAUGAUGGUAGGACUCUCACUUGAAGAGCUCUCGCCCUUGGGUCUCUCCCAGGGCGAUAAUUACGAGAUCCUUGGGGAGAGUCACCCCUCGAGGUUCCUGACAUACCAAAAUGCCUUUGUUGCCACUGCCCAGGCGAUGCAGACCCUCGGUUUUACUGAUACCUACAAGAGCGAGAUCUUCCAGGUUCUCGCUCUCCUUCUCCAUAUGGGGAACAUUAAAUUCCACGAGACGUCUCCAGAGAACUGGAACAUGGACACUACUGAUGAGAAAUCCCUGGCAGCUGUCACCAACGCCUGCAGAUUAUCCUCUCUUCAGGAACACGAAUUAGCCGAGCUCCUGACGACAACUCUCAUCUGCCCGAAGAGCACGAGAAGACGCCACACGAUGUAUCGAAGGGGUUUGCGAACCUCGGAGGCCUGUCGUCAUCGUCUCUUCAGCAUCAUCCGUUGGAUCUACGACAGAUUAUUCCACUCCCUCGUCGACAGGAUAAACGACACGAUCUCGGAUAAGGGAGAUAAUCACUGGCUGGGAAUUCUCGAUAUAUUCGGUUUCGAGUGCUUCGAGUCCAACGGUAUUGAACAGCUCUGCAUUAAUUACACGACAGAGCGACUCCAGUUGUAUUUUAUGGAGGAUUAUCUGGAGAAUGGACAGAGGGCCCUCGCAGAGGAGGGGCUCAGUGUUCUUCCUCCUCCUCCAACCCUGACAAUUUACAGAAAUCGUUUGAGUAUAAUUGAGCAGAGCCUCUUUUCCACGAUGAACGACGCCUGUCAGACCCCAAGACCACCGAGUCCCUCCAUCGUCUCACAGCAGCUGUUCAUGAGACAGUCCAAUGCCAGGAUCUUCCUCAAGGGUCACGCCCACUCCUUCGUCAUCAGUCACUACUCCUGCCCUGUCGAGUACGACAUCCACGAUCUCCUGGAGAAGAACACUGACAAAGUCCCGAUGGAGCUGUCCACCAGCUUCUACCAGACCUCGAAUUCCCUUCUCAAAGUCGUGACAAAUGUACCUGAUGACACACUCAACGAUCAUGGGAGAAUUGCCAGCAAAAAGAGUACGACUCUGUCGAAAUUGAAGAGUAGCAUGGACUCUCUGAUGGUGGAGCUCAAUAAAUGUGAUGCUCAUUACAUCAGGUGUGUGAAACCGAGACGUGCAGAGGACUGCGUGAAGGAGGAUCUCAGGGAGCAGCUCAUCUCCUCGGGUAUCAUCGAUGCUCUACCUCUGGCCAAAUGCAAAUUUCCCAUACGUCUGACCUACGAAGAAUUCUCCAGGAGGUACUACCUUCCAAUCCACUCGAUUGAUUUUAAAAUGCAGUUCGAAGCGGCUCUGAGAAAAAUCGUGGGCUCCGAGAAUAUCGCUGUUCUCAUGCACCUGGGGAGCAAGAGGAUAUUCAUGACGGAGUCUUUAUUCUUCGAGCUCGAGAGGUACAGAAAGGAGCAUCGGGCUGCCUGCGCCAGGAAAAUCGAAGACUUUUGGCUGACGCACAGAGAAAAAAUGAGGAAUAAACUUCAAGGCUCUGAGGAGAUCUUGUUAAAGCCUGCGAUUAUCGUCACGAGGCCAUCACUCAAUCCCUUCGAGGACAUCUCCUGUGAGGAAAAACCUGGGGAUGAGCAGUCGAUGGAAAUUAUCGAUCCUGAGAUCAAUAAUAAUAUGGGAAAAACUGGAUUCAUCCCUCAAAUUGCUGUUAAUGAUCAUAUAGUGGAUCUUGUAAGUCCCAUGGCCACCAGAGUCCUCAAGGAUGCGUCGGGCUCUGAGGCUCAGGAUGACGCAACGAAUCUGCCACUCAGGCGGAUGCAACCAGAGUCUGUGAAAAAUCAGGUGAAUGUGGAGGCAACUGGAUGGAGGACGAAGGAUCGUUAUGUUGCUGAGUGGCUUGGCAAUGUCUCUCCACCUGCCGAUUCUGUCUUUGAGGAAGAUGAUGAUGACGACAGAGGUCAAGAGGAUCAAAGUCAGGUCGAGAGAACCAACUUUAGGAAAUCUGGCAGGCUCGCCAGGUUUGGAAGGUCUGAGGCUGCACCUGUAUUUAAUUGUCUGUCCAAGGCUGAGUGGAGUAAUGAGGGAACAACCGUUGUGUGUCUCGAUGGUCACAUCAGAUUCUUCUAUAAAGACAGGGUAUUGAGCAAACGACGACUUGCUGAGGUACCACUGAGAUUUCAUUUUAAGAAGACCGGUCUCAUCAAUUCUUGUUGUCUCCCUCGAUCGGAAAUACCGAGAGGUCUUCAAGAUUGUCUUUAAUUGGAAAAGUCAUUCGUGUGUAGAAUAAUUGGACGACCCGCUUUGGCAGGCUGGUGUCAGAUUUUAGAUUAUAAAUGGUGGAAUUAUCGGAAUUAUUUAAUGAGAAUGAUAUAAUCAAAGUGAUA